CGAUUGUACGAAACACUGGCCAAGGAGCAGCUCGGAGACUGGAUAGUUAAUAUCAAUCAUUGUUUUGAAUUUUGAUGGCAGGAAAUUAGAAAUUUCCAAUUGUGGAUGCGCAUGAACUUGCCAUGAAGUGCCUGGAUCAUGUGGAUGAGCAAUGAAUGAGCGAUCGAUACUACCACUACAGCCGCUGUCUUUGUGCGGAAAUUGUCACCAACGGUCGACGUCCAACCUUUAUAUAUCAUGUUGAAUCUUUGCUGCUGCACGCUUUUCCGCCCCCUCCUUCAUUCAUUCUCUUCAAAUCAUGGCUAGUUUGUCAGCAGUAUACGGUGCUGUUCUUUUGGGUGGAUUUUUUGCUUCUGUAUUAUCUGGGGUCAUAACGGCACAGACAGUUACUUAUAUCAAGCAAUACCCCAAUGAUACAAGCACCACAAAAUCGAUUGUUGCUGUAACUUGGAUAUUAGACUCCAUUCACACCGGUCUCGUGUGUACAACAUCAUGGAUUUUCAUGGUACAGGGGUUCGGUGAUGAAAGUAAAAUAGACUACAUACCUGUUCCAUUAGCAAUAUCCGUUGCGCUGACCGCUUUCCUUACUUUGAUUGUGCACUGUUUCUUUGCACAUCGAAUUCACAAGCUAACUCAUAACGAUUGGCGGAUCAGUGGACCUAUUGUUGUAUUUGCUUUCUUGCGAUUGGUUGCUGCACUUGUCAGCACCGUUGAGAUGAUCGAACUGCAGACAAUGACUGCAUUCAGACACAAGGUCGAAUGGGUGUUUACCACGGGUCUCGCAUUAUCAUGUGUGGUGGACGUCCUCGUCACUGCAGGUCUGUGCUUUACGCUGCGCAGAAAUCGUUCGCAUUCGAACAUGGACCGUGUAAUCAACACCAUUGUCUUGUAUACAUUGGAGAACAAUGCGCUCACGAGUGUCGCCACCAUUAUCUCGAUGAUAUGCUGGGUGGCCAUGGACAACCUCAUCUUCCUUGGGGUUCAUUUUGUACUCAGCAAACUUUACGCUAACUCCUUGCUAGCAACCUUGAAUUCUCGCAAACAACUUCAGGAAGAACGCUCGCGUGGACUCGGAGUCCUUUCGAACGAGCUUCCUGUUGCUUUUCCCAGCAGGUACCAAUCCAAAUAUUCGAAACGUUUGGAUCCUGGAAAUAAGGUGAUGUGUCAUAGCUGUCGCGACCUUUAGGUGUGACUAACUUUAUUCUCAGUUGGAAAUCAAUGUAGAACGGACUAUUGAGUAUGAGGGAGUCGACGACUUUGCGAAAGGAAGUCCACAUAUCCCUUCGGAAACUCCACCCUCAACAGCUGAUCCGAAUCAUAUCCCGUCCGACAUAGUUUAGUGACUAUCUCACCACCGCUCGAGAACUACAUUUUGGCACUGCGCAGAGAUCA